CAAACACAACAAACGGUGGUCGGACCUGGAUAUUGUGUUGAUCUGCCAUCGCAAGUCAACUUCCCCGUCUUGAAUUGCUGCUGCUUCAGUCUUUCAUCAUCACUUCCCCUGCUGUCCGGGUGUGAGCAUGGAAUGGGAACAGCACGACAUUGAAUUGACACACGAAGCCAGCCGCCCACAAACACACACCCAGCCCACAUCUGAGACCGCCCGGCCCACCACCGCCACCUGCUCCUUAUCGGACUCAACGCAAGCAACAGCGGCCUCCUUUGCGUCCAUCGGCGAGCAAGGGGCCGUCCAAGAAACGUCCCUGCAGUUCUACCUCGCCAGUUCGGAGCUCGGCGAGACCUCAACCGUCGACAGCGCAGAGUAUCUGUCCAUUGUCGGCGCUCAAACAACAGCCGGUGCAGCAUCAUCAUCAUCAACAACAGCAACAACCAGCAACAACAGCAGCAGGAACACGGCAACAGCAACAACAACAACAGCAACAACAACAGCAGCAGCGCCAGAGCCGCAGCCAGAUCAGUUCGCCGAGACAAACAACAAACCCAAGGCAACCAUGAGCGAGAGCUGGUGGGAAGACGAAUCACGCCGCAAGGUGCUGUGGGGAGUUGGCAUCGUCCUGGGCGCAUUCGUUGUUAUUGGCCUGCCCAUCCUCUUCUCCAGCAGCCAGACUGUCGCCUUUGACGAGGUUGCCGUGCUGAUUGACAACUCUGGCAACGUAGACCGAGCAGUUGGGCCAGGCCGGUACUUUGCUGGGCCCGCUGGUCGCGCCAUCAAGUUUCCGCGCUUCGAUCGCACCAUCGAGUACACCAGCGGCAACGGCGAUGCCAUCAAUGUGCGCGUCCAGGACGGCCAAAUCAUUUUGCUUGAUUUGUCGUUCCAGUUCCACAUUCCGCAGGAGUAUCUGGUGGACAUUUACCGCAUCCACAAGACGGGCUUUGAGAGCACCUUGCGUGGCCUGGCCCGCGGCAUCUUGCGUGAUGUCGCCGCCAGCUAUCCUUCCGAGACGUUUUACCAGAACCGCACGCAGGUCGAGGCCGAAAUGCGCGCGCGCAUGGAGCAGGAGGGCCGGGAGAGGUUCAUUGAGAUCACCGGCUUCCAGAUCCGCAACGUGAUUCUGCCGUCGCAGUUGAACCAGAGACUGAUUGACGUGGAGAUCUCCAAGCAGGACGCACGCCUUCGCCAGGAGGAGCUGGCACUCGAUCGCAUCAACGCCGAGGCAGCAGCAACGCAGCUGCGGCUGUCGACCGAGCGCACGCGCUACAUCACCGAAUACGAGCAGCAGACGGCGGUACUGGUGGCCGAGGAGGAGCAGCGCAGGCGCCGCAUCGAGCAGCGCACAAACCAGCUGUUGACGGAGCUGCAGGAGGAGAGCCGGCGCAACGUGUCGCUGUACGAGCGGGAGACAGACGUCCUUGAGGAGUCGUAUGCGCUGCAGACGUCGCUCGAGACAGAGGAGACGCGCCGGCAGGUGGACCGGGUCCGAUACGAGAGCGAGACAAAUCUCACCGUGUACCGUCAGGAGACGGAGAACGUGCGGCUUGGCUACGAUGAGCAGAUUGCGCUGAUUGAUGAGCAGACGCGGCAGAAUGUCACGCGCAUCCAGGCCGAUACGCAGCGGGAAGUGGAGGCGUUUGAGUACAAGGUCGCGCUGGCUGUGCUUGAGGCGCAGGUGCAGGCGCAGGUGCUGGUGGCCAAGGUGCGGGAGGACGCGGCUGUGCUGCAGGCUGACGCCAUGGGCGAGGCCCUCAGCCAGCUGCCGCCGUCGGCGUACCUGGCAGAGACAUAUGCAAACAGCACCAUGCCAUAUGUCACCUACAUGGACGAGAGCCUGGACAACCUCCUCGGCCUCGCCGUGGGCGGUGCGUCAUCGUUUGCCGCAGCCAACUCCACAGCAGUGCCGUGAGCUCUUGUGUGUGUGCGUAUGUGUGUGUGUAUGUAUAUGUGUGUGUAUGUAUAUGUGUGUGUGUGUCUUUGCAUGUGUGUGCGUGCGUGUGUGCGUGCGUGCGUUUUUGCAUGUGUGUGUGUCUUUGCAUGUGUGUACGCUUAUUGUGUGUUGGUGGCAGCUUUACACUCCUCCAUAAUGUAACAUUAUAUUACAUUAUACUGUUCAUCAUCCUCCAACAAGAAACCUACUCCCAGCA